AUGCAGAACAACACCGACCCAGAACCGCCCAACUCCGACUACGAUCUCACCAAGCCUAUAACAUCCACCUCCGGACUCCGCCAGGGUCUCACCUCGUACGGAGAUGCCCAUUUCUCGUUAUUUCUUCGCAAAGUAUUCAUUAAGGCACUGGGUUACUCGGAAGAUGCUCUCUCACGACCGAUUGUGGGGAUUAUCAACACCUUCUCGGGGUUUAAUCCCUGCCACGCAAAUGUGCCCCAGUUGAUCGAGGCUGCGAAGCGCGGCGUGCAGCUCAAUGGGGGAUUAGCAGUCGAGUUCCCUACUAUCAGUGUUCAUGAGUCAUUCUCGCACCCGACAAGCAUGUUUCUGAGGAAUCUCAUGAGCAUGGAUACCGAGGAGAUGAUUCGAGCGCAGCCGUUGGAUGCUUGUAUUAUGAUUGGAGGCUGUGACAAAACCGUUCCAGCACAGCUGAUGGGCGGUAUCUCAGCUAACAAACCAAUCCUGCCUUUGAUUACGGGCCCCAUGCUGCCGGGCAGUAAUCGAGGACAGAGAAUUGGGGCGUGCACCGACUGCCGCAAUAACUGGGCGGCGUUUCGAGCGGGCGAGAUUGAUCUCGAGGAGAUCUCUGCCAUCAAUGAAGAGCUUGCCCCGACGAUUGGAACGUGCGGUGUCAUGGGAACUGCCAGCACGAUGGCAUGCGUGACGGCCGCACUGGGUAUGAUGCCUCUCCGAGGCGCAUCCGCCCCAGCUGUAUCGUCUGCACGGCUGAGAAUCGCCGAGGAGACCGGGAAAAAUGCAGUGAUGCUUGCCAAAACUGCUAGAAAACCACAGGAUGUGUUGACGAAGGAGUCUUUCCUCAACGCCAUCACAGUCCUCCAAGCCAUCGGAGGCUCGACUAAUGCCGUGGUCCAUUUACUGGCUAUCGCAAACAGACAUCCCGCUCUCGAUGGCGCGAUCACACUGCAGACCAUUGAAGAAGUAGGCCGCAAGACCCCGUUGCUGGUAGAUCUCAAACCAAGCGGGGAUAACUAUAUGGACGAUUUCCACAACGCAGGAGGCAUGCUGCGAUUGUUGCAGGAGCUUCGACCGCUCUUACACCUGUCAGUCAUGACCAUCACUGGGCAGACGCUGGGCGAAGUGCUGGACGCAUCUCAGUCCAAGAGGCCCUCGUUUGCUCAAAAGAUCAUCCGGCCGCUUUCCGAUCCUCUCUUCCCUUCGUCAUCUCUCGUCGUGCUCUAUGGCAACCUUGCACCUGAUGGGGCGGUCACCAAAGCAUCUGCAUCAAAGUAUCGAUCAUUGCUUUCGCACACCGGGCCCGCGGUAGUAUUUGAGAAUUCCGCUGACCUGGCGCAACGAAUUGACGAUCCGAAUCUGGCAGUGACCAAGGACUCUGUACUCGUUCUCAAGGGAAUUGGGCCCGUGGGUAAUCCCGGUAUGCCCGAGGCGGGAAUGAUUCCCAUUCCCAAGAAAUUGGCCGGCGCGGGGGUGAAAGAUAUGCUGCGCCUGUCUGAUGGGCGAAUGUCCGGCACGGCGGGAGGAACCAUCAUCCUGCACAUCUCGCCAGAGGCUGCAUUGCCGGAAUCCCCCUUUGGGAUUGUUGAGACGGGCGAUUUGAUCACCUGUGACAUCGAAACUCGUAGAUUACAUCUGGAUGUGCCCGACCAAGUUAUCCAGACUCGGAUUCAGGCGCGCAAACAGAGGGUGGCGGGAGAGGUAGAGCAGCGACAGCGACGACGAGGAUAUCGGGGACUGUACGAGCGCAGUGUGAACCAAGCGCAGGACGGGGCCGACUUUGAUUUCCUGACUGCAAAAGAACGCGUAUCCCUAACUUGGAGACGCGUCUUCCCUCACUCAACGUUGUCUGACUACCUCCCAAUCACCAAUUCUCGGUCGCAACAUUCCCAGAAUGAGCUUCGACGCAAUGCGCCCGCGGGGGCGGCCAGCGCGUACGUCGGCGUGUUUUUAUUUUUUAUCAGUAUUCGAUCCCAUUCACUGACCGGAUUUUCUCCCAUUCCAGACACCCCGGGGACGACUGUGCUCACAUACACGCCCAACGGGAAGCGCGUGAUCACCGGCGGAUCCAACUCCGCCAUUCGAAUUUACACCGUGGGCCAAGAUGGAGAGCCCCGGACAGUCGACGAGGGCGUGGACGCGAAUCACGGCAUCGGUGCCACGAACGAGUGUUUUAUUAUGGGCGCGGAGGACGGCACGGUAUGGCAGUACGAUAUCACAUCCGGCAAGAUGCGGAACUUGCUGGUACGCUGCGCGCUGCCGGUGCGCGAUAUUGCGGUGUCCAGGGACGGCGAAUGGGCCGCCGUGGCAAGCGAUGAACUCACGGUGAAAAUCGUCAAAAUCGAGGACAUGACCCAGGUCAAAUACCUCCGGGAACAGCCCAAAGGAGCUAAGCACGUCACCUUCGAUCCCAAUGGGCGCUAUGUUUCAGUUUCCUGCACGGACGGCAUUAUCUACAUCUAUUCCCUGCACGAGGAAGAACCGGAGUUGGUCCGCAAGCUCGAUGGAGUGAUUCGAAGACUCGAGCCGGAUGCAGAGGCGACAUCGAGAGCCGUGUGGCACCCGGACGGCACGGCGUUUGCAUCUGCGGAGGCCACCAGGGAUAUCUCCAUCUACUCUGUCUCGGAGUGGAAGAAAGAGAAGACCUUUGCUGGUGGGCAUACCGGCGACAUCACGGCCCUCAGCUGGGCGCCGAAUGGAUCCCUUCUGGCAUCGGCGGCCGCAGAUGGUCAGAUCAUCCUCUGGGAAACGAAAACUCAAAAGAUCCUGCAACGCUACGACUUUGGGAAUGUCAUCAACCUAGCCUGGCAUCCGACUAAGAACUCGCUGUCCUUCACCACCUCUGAUGGCGAACUGUUCAUUCAUGAUGAUUUUGUGCCGAGGGAACACGAGUCGUUGCUUCAGAAGCCGUUGCAGGCAGCUCCUAUCUUCCCAGGCCCACUGACUGAGAUCUCCAACAAUGUCAGUAGGACCUUAGCGGAUCGGUCCAAGGAGGCCAUCCAGCGGGCAGCUAGAAAGGGAUCACCAGACUCAUUAGAUGACAUCCUCGGCGAGGACGAUGAAAUGCCGGAUUUUGUCGAUGAUGACGAUGGGGCAGGCUAUGCCGAAGGGCUCAACCCGUAUGGCAAGCGGACAAACGGCCACCUGGAAGAUCUUGGCCCGGACAGCAAGCGUGUCUACUCUGGCUCGUUUCAGCCCAAUCCCCACCCACCUCUUCAGCCUGGUAGUACGCCAUGGGCUGGAAAUCGGCGAUAUCUCUGUCUGAACUUGACUGGCGCCGUCUGGACUGUCGAUCAAGAGACACACCAUACCGUGACCGUGGAAUUCUACGACCGCGAGCUGUAUCGGGACUUCCACUUCACAGAUCCGUAUCAAUACGACAAAGCCUGCCUCAAUGAGAACGGAACGCUCUUCGCUAACAGUCCGGAUGAUGGCAGUCCUGCCACUAUCUUCUACCGGCCACAUGAGACAUGGACCACGAGAGCAGAUUGGCGCACCCAGUUGCCCGAGGGCGAAAUGGUCCGAGCUCUUGCACUAAGUGAUUCAUACAUUGUCGCCGUGACGACGAAAGGCUACGUCCGAGUAUACACACUUUUUGGGACACCAUUCAAAGUGUAUCGGCAAAAGAGUCAGGGCGUCAGUUGUGCCGCCUGGAGGGACUACAUUAUGAGCAUUGGUAACGGCCCCUUGGGACCUGAUGGCCGCCACACGACGUUACGAUAUACAAUUGAAAAUGUCAAGCGGGACGAGAUAUGCCAGAACGAGGACGAGGUUGCACUCCCAGAAGGCGUUCAAUUGAAGAAUGUCUUCUUCUCCGACACUGGGGACCCUUGUAUCUAUGACACGACGGGGGUGUUGCUCGUCUUGCAGCACUGGCGCACGCCCGGUCAAGCCCGGUGGGUGCCUCUUCUAGACACGAAGCAGCUCGCCCGUCUGGCUGGUGGCCGCAAAGAAGAAACCUACUGGCCGGUGGCCGUAGCGCACGACAAAUUCCACUGCAUCAUCCUCAAGGGCGGAGACCAGCACCCGUACUUCCCGCGGCCACUCCUCAGUGAAUUUGAAUUCCAGGUUCCUGUGUCUGCCGUCCCGCCGAAAGAUUCUAGCGAUCCUGAGGGUGCGGACGCGCGCGACGAGACUGCCAAGUUCGAGGAGGCGUUUGUGCGCAGCAAUGUCCUCCUCUCUCUCUACCGGGAUCUAUUGGCCUCGACCAACGCGACCGCCAGCCAGCGCGCCGAGCUGGCGCGCAAAGAGCUGGAGAUGAACAAGACCCUGCUCCAGAUGCUGGCCAACGAGUGCCGGGAGGGCGAGGACCGCGGCAUGAAGGCACUGGAGCUGGUGGGCAUGAUGUCUGACCGUAAUGGCAAGAUGGUCGAAGCGGCGGCCAAGGUGGCCCAGCGCUAUGGGCGAGGUGUGCUGGAGGACAAGAUCCGCGACCUGGCGGAGCGCCGUGUAAUGGGCAUGGACGACGACGACGAGCUGGCAUGA